ACACUACCACCACAAUAUUUGUGUAUCGUAGGCAGAAUACAGACCACUUGGUGGUACUCACAAACUCAGUAGUCAGUACUCACAAGCAUCUUUGGUCUGUUCGUAUCCUCUCGGCCAAAACCUGUGGUGCCAGUUAUACUCCGCCGAGUUGAAUCUGGGAGAGACCCAGUUGAGAUUUUCCAUUUUUCUUCGGUGGGUUAUCUUUGUUUUUCCAAAUUAUGACGUCUGCGAUGCUUAACGGAGCCGAGAACCUCACUCUGUUAAGAGGAAUAACCCCAAAUGGAUUGGGGUUUCGGGGUUCAGAUUUCCAUGGGAAGCAUUUUCCCAAGCUGGGUUUGGUUUGUAGUGCUAGAAUCUCCAAGUCUGGUACCAGAGCCAUUGUGCCCAAGUGCAGCCUCUCGGCUUCUAGGCCGGCUUCACAGCCUAGGUUCAUUCAGAACAAGAAAGAGGCAUUUUGGUUCUAUAGGUUCCUCUCGAUUGUGUAUGACCAUGUUAUAAACCCUGGCCAUUGGACUGAGGACAUGAGGGAUGACGCACUUGAGCCCGCCGAUUUGAACAACAGGAAUAUGAUUGUCGUAGAUGUUGGUGGUGGGACUGGGUUCACUACUUUGGGUAUAGUUAAACAUGUGGAUGCCAAAAAUGUGACCAUUUUGGACCAGUCUCCUCAUCAGCUUGCUAAGGCUAAGCAGAAGGAGCCCCUGAAGGAGUGCAAGAUAAUUGAGGGGGAUGCUGAGGACCUACCCUUCCCUACUGAUUAUGCAGAUAGAUAUGUAUCUGCAGGAAGUAUUGAGUAUUGGCCAGACCCGCAGCGGGGAAUCAAAGAAGCAUACAGGGUCCUGAAACUUGGAGGAAAAGCAUGUUUGAUUGGUCCUGUGUAUCCAACAUUCUGGUUAUCUCGCUUCUUUGCGGAUGUGUGGAUGCUCUUUCCAAAGGAGGAAGAGUACAUUGAUUGGUUCCAAAAGGCAGGUUUUAAGGAUGUGCAACUGAAAAGGAUCGGCCCAAAAUGGUACCGUGGGGCUCGCCGCCAUGGUUUGAUCAUGGGAUGUUCUGUUACAGGUGUUAAACCUGCAUCCGGAGAUUCUCCUCUGCAGCUUGGUCCGAAAGUAGAAGAUGUAGAAAAGCCGGUAAAUCCAUUUGUGUUCUUUCUACGCUUCUUGUUGGGUUCGUUGGCAGGGAUGUACUAUGUGCUGGUGCCUAUUUACAUGUGGCUAAAAGACCAAAUUGUACCAAAAGGCCAACCUAUCUGAGGGAGAGAUCGAGAGGUCUUAGAGACAAGAUAGGGCUUGCGGUUUGCUAGACAAUCUCGUUCGAACACCUUGCUAUGCCGUUAAGUUUUUUCUUUUCUUCUUUUUCCUUUUAACCGAGCAGCUACCCUUCAUCUCUCUUUCGUCUUACUAAGUUUUAGGAAUUUCAUCGUUCAUAAGAAGCUGAGUUUGGUGGUUAAAUUACCUACUUUUUGAUAAUGUAAAAAGGCCAUUUAAAACUCCUUUGUUUUUUGAGAAGUUUCAUUUCCUACAUUGGACUAUUUACAUGCAAAACAGAGCUACUGAGAACAUCUUUAAUCUUUAGUUCAAAAUACAUUACCAAAACUUCAUUUCUUUUA